AUGUCUAAUAACAGAAAGAUUCAGAUCGACUCCUUCCAGGUGCAGAGUGCUAGGGAAAUGGUAGCAUUGACCACGCGGUCGCGGAUACCGCAGAGGCCGGAGCCAACAAGGCUGCAGACAAGACCUCCAACGGUUUCGCAGCCAGAGUUUGAAACAAGCGCAAAAAUGGAUAGACAGCAUACAUGCUGCUCGUCCUCAUCUUCCUCAUCACCAGAUUCCAAUUUUAAGUAUCCACACGUGAAGUUACCAUCAUCACAUCCUCAAUGCGACCAGUGUGGCCGAAUUAUAACGCCUUCACCAACCGCCACCCUUCCUAUCAACGAAGCCCCGUCGAUCCAGGUAGGCGAUUGGAAGAUAUUCACUAGUCGGAAACCGAUUCUCAAUUCUGAGGAGCUCACGCAGUGGGAGGCUGAUUUAAAGAUUCCGUUGCCGGAGAUGAUAUUCGGAAACAAUGAGAUCACCGUUUACAACGAACGACUACGAAAGGGUUUGAAAUUCUGUGCUAAAGAUGCGCUUAGCAUGGUUGUGCUCGACCAUGUUGAUCUGAAAGUUUCGUAUGCCACAGAAUGGUUUUCGGCAAGGGAGCAGAAGCACAAAAAUAACGAAGAGAUAAUGGGGAGCUACCAGGAUUACGAUUGGACCUACACUACCGAAUACAAAGGAACUGUCUUAGAGGAUCUCCGCUUUGCUGCCACGGAAGAUCCAAUUCCAUUGGACAAACUGAGUUCCACGAAAGAGCCCAUUUUGCUGUUUGACGAUAUGAUACUUUACGAGGAUGAGCUCGGUGACAACGGAUGUAGCGUUGUGAGUUGCAAAAUACGUGUGAUGCCCAGUUGUUUAUUAAUAUUGCAGCGGUUUUUUUUGAGGGUGGAUAAUGUGAUUUUGCGAGUGUAUGACACCAGAUUCUACAUUGAUUUCGAGACCGGUUUGGUGAUGCGCGAGUUUAAACAGCAACAGGAACAUUUCAAGGAUUUGGAGCCCGUCCUGGCGAUGAGCAAUAAGGGAGAUCCGCGGUCGCUGUUGAGAGAUGCCAAUUGGGUUUCUCAGAAUUUGAAGGUGGUGAAAGUGGAGAGGGAGGUGAUGGUUUGA